AUGGACGCAAAGACGGGUUACCUUGAAAUAGGCACGGGCUUGCUAAUACGGAAGCCGUUGCCAGCGCUGGGAUUCUUUCUGGUCGCCUUGCCAAUAUUCGUUUUCCUGACGUGGUGUUUACUGUCCGACUUGGGAUCCUCUAUACGUCAAUAUCCUGGACCAUGGCUGGCUCGGUACACGAAUUUGUGGCGUCUUCUUCUCGUCCGAAGAGGAGAUUAUCACAUCCAGAUCAAAAAGCUUCAUGAGAUGUACGGCCCUAUCCUACGCAUUGGCCCUAACACAUUGGACCUUGACAUUCCCGAGUUGGCCAAAGUGCUCUACAGCACUGACGGCAAGUGGCGCAAGCAGACAGAGUUCUACCACAACAACAGCACAGUGAUCAAUGGUAAAAUUACCUACCAUCUCUUCAGUACCACGGACCAGGAAGAACACGCCCGCAUGAAGAGAGCGAUAGUCAAGUAUUAUUCACAAGGAAGUGUCUUAACUCUGGAACCUUUGAUGGAUACCGUCAUCGGCGACUUCUGUGAUCAUCUUGAAACCAGGUUCAUGAAUGGCAAGCAAAACCCGGAGUGCGACUUGGGCCAGUGGAUUGGAUUCUACUCAUGGGACAUGAACGGCGCUGCUUCCUUCAGCGAGCGUUUCGGCUACAUGGACACUGGCCGGGACCAUGACAAGACGAUCGAGAUCGCGGACAAGGCAUUGGACUACUUUGCAGCAGUCGGGCAGAUGCCAUUCCUGGACUUCCUCAUGGACAAGAAUCCAGUGAUGCGCAUCGGCCCGCCAAACCUGGGUAACAUCACGCGGAUUGCAGUUGAACAUCUCAUCGCCCGGUCCUCUGGCACGGAUCUCAAUUUCAACCCAAGGGUCCCAGACUUCCUGCAGCACUUCCUCAAUGCCAAGAACACCCACCCGGACAUGGUCGAUGACGGCGUCAUCAUGGGAUACCUACUGGUGAACUUGCUCGCUGGAGCCGACACCACGGCUAUUACUAUCCGCGCGAUAUUCUACUACGCCCUGGGCCACCCGGAGGUGUACAAGAAGCUGGAGGCAGAGAUAGUCGCCGCCGAUCUCGGCAAGAUUGCUCCGUACAAUGCCGCUCGUGCACUACCCUAUCUCGAGGCAGUUGCCCGCGAGGCAAUGAGGAUGCACCCCGGCGUGUGCAUGCUCCUGGAGCGCUACGUCCCCUCCUCCGGGCUUACUCUCCCCGACGGGUCAUUCGUCCCGCCCAACACGGCAGUCGGUAUCAACCCAUACGUCGCCGGCCGCAACAAGUCCGUCUGGGGCGAGGACGCGGACGAGUUCCGGCCGGAGAGGUGGCUGCGGCGCCCGGCCGAGUCGGACGAGGACUUCCAGAAGCGGCUCAGGCUGUUCAACGCCUGCGACCUGACUUUCGGGGGAGGUUCUAGGGUUUGCAUAGGGAGGAACCUGGCGAACAUGGAGGUGUACAAGAUCGUGGCGACGUUGGUGGGCCGUUAUGAGAUCCAGCUGGUUGAUCCGCGGAGGGAGUGGGAGGUGACCGGCAGCUGGUUCCCGAGGCAGAAGGGGCUUAUAUGUACUCUGAAGAAGAGGGCUUGA